AUGAGACCUAGAGAAUUUUUCGGAACAGAUUCUAAAGAUGGAAUAGAAGCUAUACUUACAGAUCAUCAGGAUUAUUCGUUGCAUAAAUUUAUUGAUAGAGAUAAUCCACUUUGUCCUAUUAUUAAUUUUGAUUUACCAAGAGAAAAAUUUGAUAAAAUCGAACCCAAUAGUAGCGAUUCAAAAAAAAUGUCUUAUCAUAUCUCAACAUUUGGAAUGCAUCUGAAGAAUAUUGCCAAAGUCACAGUAUUUACCAAACUCGUUCAUGAGAAACUUCCAAUGGGUUUACAAGACAAAGGAAUUACAGAAGAACACAUACGUGUAAAGAAAGCAUUAGGUUCCAAAAAUAGGAAUGUUUUUGAUUUUAUGCUUCGUUCUCCUAAUGAUGAAGCGCCAGUUAUAGAUAGUCCUAUUUUAGAUAUUCUGAAAGAAAAAAAUAGGGUCAAAGACCCAUUACAAGAUAAUAAAAUUGAUGCUGGGACAAUUGGAUCUGAAGUAGAAUAUAUAGAAAAAUUACUUGAGGAGUAUAAAAUCGAAGGUUUUGAAGUUUUAUAUUCUUCACCAACACUUUCAAAUAAAACUUAUCAAUAUUAUUGCCAUCGAGCAGAUCAAGAAAUGCAAAUAGGCACAAAAAAACCCUCAUUAAAACUUACUUUGAAUGUAUCGGUCUUAGAACGGGAAAAUAGUCUUCCAUCUCCAGAAAAAAUAGAAAAACUGGAUGGUAGAUUAUACUUUGCUAUGGCACCUACUCUUGAUUUUGGUAAAAUAACUAUUAAUAUAGUAGAACUUAGAGGAGAACCAAUAAAAUUAAUUUCUUUGAUAGAUCGUAUAUAUGACACAAAGGUGAUUAUUUAUGAUGAUAUUGAUUUCUUACCAUAUCCACCUAAUAUCGAACAACCAAAAAAUGAAUUCUUCAAUCUUUUCUUAGGAUUCAAGGCUAAACCAGCACUUCGAAUUAAUUACAAUCUUGUGAACCUGAUUAUAUGGCAUAUAGAAAAUAUCUGA